UUAUUUCUUUCUAUGAAAAAUUUACAUUUUUCUUUGUGUAAUCCUUGCUUUUCCUCUAAACAAUCGUGUGACGCGAGUAAUGAUCGAUCAGUUUUCGCAUUCGUAUCGUUGCGAUGGGGCGACUCGAAGAUUCGGUGGUCUCCUCUCCAUGACGAUGGUUUCGUGAAAUGGUGGAGAAAGAUGAAAUUCAGUCGAGAAAGCGACGUUGUGACGUAUCUCGGUGCGAAAAGUGAGGUGUUUCUGUCAGGAAAUUGGGGCUGCCAAUUGCCAACGCGACCAUUUGCAGCCUGAGAGCAACCCCAAUAAUUGGAAAAUGUCCGGAUUUGCGGCGGCGGGCCUCGUGGCCUUCGACUCCAUCAAGUCCAAAGCAUCGCGGAAACUUGCUGGAUUAAGAAGAAGUAAUGCCGGCUACGAGGAAUUCGAGAUGCCCCGCGAGGGUAGCAAAGACAAUAAGGGGUUCGAGGAUGAGAGAGGAUACAGUAGACAAGCUUCGUUCGAAUCACUCCCGGAACCUGAACGACCCCCAUUGCGCCAUAUCGAUACUUAUUGCAAACCAGAAUGUCCCUGCCUAUCGAAAAGAUACACCAUUGCCACUUUGGCCUGUAUAGGAUUUAUAAUCUCAUUCGGCAUGAGGUGUAACAUGGGAAUGGCGAAGAUGGCCAUGAAGAAUGCCACCGAAGAUAACGCCAACCACACUCUCAGGUUCAACUGGACAAUUGGCACAGAGAGCGCCCUGGACUCGUCCUUCUUCUGGGGUUACCUUGUGACUCAAGUACCAGGAGGAUUCCUCGCCUCCCUGUACCCUGCGAACAAGAUAUUUGGGGCUGCAAUUGCCGUAUCUUCGUUUUUAAAUCUGUUGGUACCUGGCGCACUGAGCAUCCAUCCAAUCGUCGAUAUGAUUGUACAGGUCAUAAAAGGAUUGGUGGAGGGUGUUACGUAUCCAGCGUGUCACGGUAUCUGGAAAUAUUGGGCACCACCGUUGGAAAGAUCGCGUUUAGCGACAUUGGCAUUUUGCGGUUCUUACGCUGCUAUGGUAAUAGGAAUGCCACUCUCGGGCCUUUUAACUUCGACCUUUGGCUGGGCAGCGUCCUUUUAUUUCUAUGGUAUUUGCGGAUUGAUUUGGUACUGUUUCUGGUUGUGGCUGGCAUUCGAGAAGCCAUCGAAACACCCUUGUAUUUCGGCACGUGAGUUGCGUUACAUCGAAGAUUCACUUGGCCAAGGACAAUCGCAGUUACCUAUGGCGAUGCCAACAUUCGCGACGACACCAUGGCGAAAAUUUCUGACGUCCAUGCCAGUUCACGCGAUUAUCGUAGCUAAUUUCUGCAGAUCCUGGAACUUCUAUCUUCUAGUGCUCUUUCAAGCUCGUUUUAUGCACGAGGCUUUCGACAUGCCUCUAGUUGAAACUGGUGUAAUUGGCUCGCUCCCACAUCUGUUGAUGACGAUGAUCGUGCCUUGCGGAGGUCUGUUGGCUGAUUACAUUCGCAAACGUGGAAUAUUGUCAACAACAAACGUCAGGAAGCUGUUUAACUGUGGCGGUUUUGGUAUGGAGGCUUUAUUCUUCUUGGUGGUAUCUCACGCAACCAUGAAAAGAAAUGGGACAGCGGCAAUCUUCGCGCUAGCGUGUGGUGUCGCGUGCAGUGGUUUUGCCAUUUCUGGUUUCAACGUAAACCAUUUGGACAUCGCUCCCAGAUAUGCCAGUAUCUUGAUGGGAAUGUCGAAUGGAAUUGGAACGAUAGCGGGUCUGUUAGUACCCUUCUUUGUAGACAACAUCACAGAGAAGAAGGACACUCAAAGUUGGAGAAACGUGUUUAUCAUAGCAGCGUGCGUGCACAUAUUCGGUGUAAUAUUUUAUGGAUUUUUUUGUUCCGGAGAGCUACAACCUUGGGCUGAUCCUAAUUUGGACGAGCAAAAGACUUUCGCUAUGGAUGAAUUUGGACAAGCGAAACCACCUCUUCCUCCACCACCGAAGACUAUGCAAUCCGAAUUCAUAAGACAACCAUCCAUGGGUGAUGGUGCAGCCGACGACUGGAAUAAUUACGAUCAACCACCAGCUGCGGAUAACAUAUACGCUCAACAAGAAAAACCACCGGUGAUAAGCUACGGAUCAACGGAAACCAAUAGCAACAAUCCCUUCCAUUCUACAAAUCCCUUCGCCAGUGAUGUAAACGCAUCUCUGGUACAACCACCAGCGACGACCGAUUACGCAUACGACGUAACACAGCAGAAUCAACAGUGGAAUUAAAUUCAUCUAUUCCCGAACAAAUUGGACGGACGUAAGGAUAUCUGUUUAAGCUGACUGAUCAUUUAAUCGAUUAUGUUUGUUUCAUAACUGCGUCUAGUACUUCAAUGAGUCCAUUUGCUUACUGUUGCCUAUCAUUGCGACGAUGUGAAUUUUGAUAAAACAUUUUCCAUAGUAAUUUCUCUUUGAAUAUUUUUCGGAGAUUUCUUCUUUUAACAAGAGAAUUACUUUCUUCUAGGAUUAGAUGGGAAGUAUUUACAUUGUUUCAACAAAAGCUGGUUACUCAUUUUUUUCUAAAAAUUGAGCACACACACAUUUAAUCCUUUUGCUGUAAAAAGGGUAUAUAUAUAUAUAAGCAGAAUUUUUAAAACACAUUAAAUGCAAUUACGGGUGACUUAUCUUUUUUUUAUUUAACGAAUAAAAGCAGGAGGUUUAAGAUACUUAUGGAGAGAUAUAAAGUAAGCAACUAUUAAGAAAUUGAAGUACUAGAGGUUUACUGAAAGAGCAUCAAAAUAAUUUCUUAACAACUUAUGAUGUUGAAACAUCAAUCGAUACAGAAUUGCUGGCUUUGUAUUCUCAAUUGAAGUACAAGGAAAUGUUCUCUUUUUGCAAUACCUAAGAGUGCAGGGUAUGGUGCUGUAAGUUGAUGCACACGAAUCGACCAAACAAAACCUUUGAACGUAAAAAGAGGCUUGAGAUAUCCACAAAAGAGUAUCAAGAAGCGUCGAAAACGACUUAGAAAGUGGAUAUCGAAAUAUCGUAAGAUCUUUUAAGAAAACAUUCAAUCGAAAACAGAAUUAUAAGAAAUCAAGAAAGAAACUUUCUACAUUAAUUAUUUAUCAGUAUAACUUGCGCAUUUCGAAGUGAAACCAAGCUGACUAUUUUAUAAAUCUGACAUUGGCCUGCUGGUUAUGUAAAUCGUCCAUUUGGUAACUUUUAAUGUAAUCGCAAACGAAGAAGUGGACAUGAGUGGCCUAAUUGAGAAGCAACUCGAAGGUCGUAAUAAUCUUUUAAGAAAACAUUUCGACUAUUGCUACUUAUUUAGACUCUUACUAUGGAACUAAAAAAUUUAUACGAGCAUACCUAUAUGCAGACAAUAAGAAACUGCCAAACCUUCGUAGACAAUAAUUUGAUAAUCAAAGACAAUAAUACUAAGAAGGUUUGGCGAAGUGACGGUGGAAAAAUCAGUUCAGCACGAUCGCUGAAACUUUUAGGUAUUUUCUAUGUUACUCUUCAGUUUGGCACUGGUAGCAGAUAAUUCAACGAUGAGAAAGUUUAGAAACAUAGCAAUAAAAAAAAACCAAUAUUGAAAGUAUUAUGCUGAUUGUCGAGAGUGAAAAACGAAGAAUGGUAUGCACGUCGCAGUUAUGGCGCGUAUUUUUGAAAUAGUACAACCCGGUCCUCGAUGAUAAGCGAACGUACGGUAACUAGAACGAAUUAAUUAUCGAAACGUCAAUAUUUUAACAGUGGGCUGGCGGGUUCUGUUAAUUAAUGCAUUACUCGAGAACGCUGCUUCGUAUAAGCGUUGGAACACGAGAAAGGCAUUAAUACGUUUAUUCGGGUACAAGACGUAUCAUAGAUGAGAUUACGUUACUUAAGCCUUUCGAGUUUAAAUGUAAUACACAAAAACACGGAUCCUAACGGAAACGUAUCUGAAACGUAUGAAAGUAUUCGUAAGAAAGUGAUAAGAUGAAAGUAUUAGUACGUUAAGGCAUUAAAGUACCGUAGGGCUCUAUUUGUUGGGACCUGAUCUCUUCGAGUGAAUUCUCAUCUUGUGCACCGACAAGAGGAUCUUCCAUAGAAUUGAUAGCCUCUUCAAACACGUAUCUUCUUUCAUUUUUUUUUACCGUUCCUCUUAUUUGAAAUUCAAAUCAUAUUAAUAAUUUAUCGUGAUAUUACAAGAUGCUAUAACUCUAAUAAUAAAAACUCUAUUUCAAGCUCUAUUAAUGUGAAACACGUCAUAUAUGAAACGUAGUAGUAUGUUCGAGUUGAAAUACGUAAUUAGCGUUUAUACGGUGAUUUUUCUGAGCGUAGAACAGCACAUUUUUAAAUAGGCCACGGAUUUUUAUGUGUCUACGUAAAACUUAAGGAUGCAACAAUUGACAGGAUACAGUAUAUAGAAAUAUAAAAAUAUAAAAAUACGAAAUAUUCAAAGUAGAAUACUCGUUAUAAUUUUUCAGAAACAAAACUUCUACUUACCUUCUGUUUCGUUAGUCGUGUCCGUAAAAGUAUAAAUCUGUAUAAAAAUCCGCAGUCCACUUAUUAAACAGAAAUGCUGAAUCACUGAACGCUUAAUAUGAAACAAAGAAACAGAGGAGAGUCUAUUUCUAACAACGAACAAUUAACAUAAAAGUCCAUAUACAGUUAAAGCUGGAUCAAUAGAAUUCCGAUACGAUUACGAUAAUAGAUAUCAAGGAUAUCGUAGCUUUCAACGAAGGUAACCAGCAAAUAUCCCAUUAAUGUUUAGAUGAUUUUACAGUGCGUGAUGUACAGCGCAAAGAUAAUAUCGUGUUUGAAGAAGCUAAGCAAUUUAGCUAUCACAAUUUAGAAAUUCGUGAAUAUGUCAAUAUCGAUAUGUUAUUCGAAGCUUCUCACGAUACGUCGUAAUGUUUCUUGAAAAAUGGUGUAUAGACGGUAUCGAGAUCCUGGAGUUAUUCAGAACAACGGUGCUACGGUUCGGAUACAUCGAGUUCUACUGUACGUAUUUGAUGAAAGUAUAUCCAUGAAAGUUCGAACGUCAGUUCGAGAAUUAGGAACAAGUCGCGUUAUUAUACAUUUGUCCUAGGUGUUUAUACUUCAUAAUUGUUAUACAUACAUAGUAUUCACACAUGGGCAUUUACACGGUACACAUGGGCAUUCACACACAUACACACAUAUACGUACAAAAGAGUAUAUAUAUAUAUAUAUAUAUUUCGUUACUAUAUUCGAACGUUGUUGGUGAUUUUUCAUCGCCGAUAUCAGAGAACAGAAUAUAUACACGUUGAGGAUGAUAUAACAUCCAAUUUAUUGCAUUAUUUCAUGGUCGAGUCGUAACGAUAUAGAUGUAUACGUAUACAUAUUCGUACGUUGAGAAAUAAUACGUGAUACAUGUACGGAUAUCGAUCGAUCGUUUGUCAAAUUUUAAUUCAGCAGGCAAAAAAUUAAGAAAUAGUAAUUGCCCUGUCGAAAGUAGGAAAAAGUAUUCAGGAUCGAUAUCACACGUGUAAAUAAAAUAAAAGUUUACGAAGGAAACAGUCUGUAUAUUGAAAUCAAAUUGUGUCGUAACUGACUGAAAUUAUAAUAAUAUGCUAUGGUAUCCACAUAUCUGUUAGCGAAAGCUCGUGGCAUAUAACCUUGAAUUGGUUGAUUUUAAUAUCGUAUAUCAAUGUAAAUUAAUAUUUUCUUUCAUCGUGCAGUAAAGUUUUGCAAGAAAUAAAUUUUUCGGAAUUUUACAAAAAAUACAUGUAUCAAGAACGAUCGAUCGAUUCGUUAUACACGUCAAACGUCUAAUCACAAAAUUACAUGAAAGUACUACUAUAUAUACAUACUUAUAUUAUUCGAACAGCCCUCCUUUUCGUUGCCCGAGGAUUCACGAGAUUAGUCAAUUUGCGCGAUAUCUAUUUCUAAAAGAAAUUAUAGAUACAUAAUAUGAGAUAUAUACGGAUAUUUACGAGUAUAUACAUAUAUAUGUAGCCGAUAUAUAUAAUUCAACGCGCUAAAUGAUGAUUAAGGUUAGAUAUACAUUUUCUCGGUCAUGUCGUGGUGUAAUUAAUAUUAUACACAUACCCAUAUACGUAUGGAGCCCAUGUUGCAGCAUAUGAUACUAAUUGUAAGCUAAUCAUACUAAUCCUUUCGUAUCAAAGUUUUUGUAUGGUAAUCGCAAAUUUUUUCCUUUGUCAGACUGCAUCAACAUCUUGAUACAGAUAUUUAAUUACAAAAAGUGGAGUAGUCAUAACGAUAGUUUUUACUAUAAGCUUUAGACGAAUCGAGUUGACUUGGAAAUUCUCAUUUACUUUUUCACACUUUUAAUAAUUACUUACUAAUAUAUAAUUACUUACUUCUUAGUGUGUCCAUACAUUUAUAGUUAUAAUUUGCCAAAUCUUUGGAAACAAGCACGCGAAGAGAUUUUAAUAGAAAAGCAAUGACUCUAUAAUUAAUAUAAAUUUCGAUAUUUAUAAAGGAUGUGUAAAUAAUAUAACAUAACAUUAAUUGUUAAACUUAAUGAAUAUAUUAUUACACAGUAUAUCAUACGUUAUACAUAAUACAUAUAAAAUUAUAUUAUUGUAUUAUUAUAUAUACGCAUAUAUAUGUAUGUAUGUACAUAUCGUUGGGGUCAACGUGUAUGGCGAUCGAUAUAAUCGAGCGUAAUCGCAAUAGACGAAAUGCUUGCUGAAACGAAUCGCAGAUGUUCAAAGAAAAAUGUGUUUUGAAAAUCGCUAGAGAUCUAAAGGCGAGCUGUGGAAAAAUUUAUUUUUUAGACGUUUCGCGGUGUCGACAAUAAUAUCUUGUAAUCUCAUGCACUUGUUAUGAAAACGCAACAAACUUAAUAGUGUUUCUAUACAAUUUGUUAUAUAAACGUUUUUUAAGGAUUCCGGUUAACUCUUCGUUUAUCUUUAUGUAAGACAAUAAUUAAAAGAAAUGGUAAAGAUAUGCUAAGACAAUAAAAAUGAUUUUUCUACAAAAUUUUAAAAGUAAAGACCAAUAAUUAUAUUAAAUAACAAUGAAGGUAUUUACCAAUAAUUUUUUAAAUGAUUUAUCAAACCAUAUUUUAUUAGAAUCUUUAAAGCAAUUAUACUAUAAUAAAAUAAAUUUAGUAACAUUUUUUGCCUGCUAAAUAAAAUUAUAUUGACAAUAAUUAUAUUAUAUAACAAUGCAAGUAUUCGCCUAUAAUUUACGAAAUAAUUUAUUCAGCUAUAUUCUAUUAGAAUCGUUAAAAGAAUUACAUUACGAUAAAAUAAAUUUAGUAAAUUCGUAAUAAAAUUUCCUGUCUGCUAAAUAAAAUUACAUCGACAAUAAUUAUAUUAUACAGCAAUGAAAGUAUAUUUGUCUAUAAUUUUCCAAAUAAUUUAGUAAAUCGUAUUUAAUUACAAUCGUUCAAAAAAAUACCACGAAGAUAGAAUGAAUUUAGCAAUAUUUCCUGUCCUCUAAACAAAAUUACAUCAACAAUACUUACUGAUAUAUUUUAUUAAAUCAUCAAUUACUUACAGAUUUUGACGCUACGGUUUACGCAAAACGAAGGGUUAACGAUCGUUGCAUAAACUUCUUUCAUCGAUUCGCGUUUUACCAUACAGAUAUACAUACUUUCGAUUGAUUUACCCAAUGGUAGAUGAACAUCUUUCGAAACACUAACUUAGGAAAAUUUCUUGUACAAGGCGGCUCUUUAGGGCCGUCAUUGAAGCUUCCUCAAGCGAUUUCGUAUGUACGUUAUGUUAGAAUCGAUGCGCUGCUGUAAUAGUUUCUGCUGGGCGUAAUGUUAGCGACAGUAACGACAGAUAAUAGCAGAGUCACGAUUUACUUGUUCGGGAAUAAUCAGUAUAAUUGCAAAAAUGAUGCAGAUAAUGAUGGGAAACGUAUUUUUGAGUUGACGUUUCCGCGGUAUCGUCUUCGGUCCGUGGUUUUUCCAUUCGGUGAAAAGCCGGAAAUUGAAACAACACGCGUUCCAACGAAUUGCUGUUGCACGCGAAGUUCGUGAUUCGCCAAUAUGUUUGUCACUGGAACGUUGCGCCGAGCGGAACGAUCCGUUGUUACGUUAACAGAAGAAAGUCGCGCGUCCGGUUAGCAUGGAAAAGGAUGAAAGUAUCGUUUUCCGCUUAACAUUUUCGCAGCAAACAAGCUUGUUAGUUUGGUUUAUGAAUAAUAUCUGCUUAUAUGCAUAGAUAUAUGGUAGGGUGGAGUCAAAGUUAUCUCUUCUCUAAGAAAUCAAAACGGCCAAAUGACUAUUUUUUGAACCAAUAUUUAACUAUUAAGAGCACUUGGAACAGAGAUUGUAAAUAAAACGACAGCACGUAUAUAUAUUGAGAAAUGAUGUAAUUUAUUUUAUAAAAUGACAUGGAACUUUAUAUAAAAAUCGGAGAAUGUUGAAAUAGUGGGCUAUUGAAAUGUCGAAAUGGCUAAUAGCGAAUGGAUUACGCUAUUGUGAUAAUACGUGUGCGAUGGAGACUAUGCGGAAAACAGAAGUAAUAGAGGAUAUGAAAGACUAAGAUAGUCGCAACUGAAAUAACGAGACUGUUAAAAUAUAGAGAAAUUGGAACAAUGAAAUUUAAUAUACGUAGUUUAUUGAAACUACGAAUUACGGAAAUAUGAAGAUUCCGGAAACAAUGUAAUCACAAAAAUAAAGAAACAAUUAAAGGAAAUAAUUAUUAAAAGAUAUCCAAACUGAGCUGAAAGAAAGAUACGAACAAAAAUUUUGUUCGAAUAAUUAUAUAUUAUAUAAACGUAUAUAAUCAUUGUGACUCUGCUCUGCCAGCAAUCGCCUAGUCAUAUACAUAUAAUCAUCGUUUUAUUUGAAAAAAUCGUGGCUCGCAUAAUUCAGUGCUGCAUCAGAUAUUGUAUACGCUAUUGUAUCGAAGUAGUAACAGGCCUAACUUUUAUCCAUGUUAUUCCAUUGUCAGAAUCAAAAGGUGGGGUUGAACUCGAAAUAUACAUUAACUAUAAUCACUACGACGAUACGUAGGAUAAGUUCUAAUGCUGUUCGAACAAUAAUACUGAUAUAUUUAUAUGAAUAUAUAGCUCCGAUAAUAAUUUUACGACAAUAAAGAGAAAAGAAAAAUACGGGGUGGGCCGAUCGUAGCGUACUAAUGCAUCGAAUAUGAAAGGAACCAAUCGUCUCUGGAUCAAAUUACAUUGUUAAAAGUCGAAUCCCAUCGGAUAGAAUUGCUGCACUAUUUAUGAAAUACUAUGACGGUAAAACCUUUGAAUAUCGCGCACGCUUUUCUCGGUGCACCCUGUAUCGUUUUAAAUAACAAUUAGCUUUACAUGUAUGUGUAAUCGAGAGUACCGUCUAUGCGAUAUUAAACGAAUAAGAGAAAAUCGAACGUUUCACUUAUCCGUGAAAACGAUUAUAUUACGAUUGACAGACAAAUAUGCUAAAGGUUUUCAAUCAGCGAAUAUUCAUAAAUAUCAGACAGACGAAUGAUGCAUUGUCAGAGUUAUAUAGCUACUACGAUACAUUAUGCAAGGAUAUUUGUUAUCAGUGAUAGAUAUAACGCUGUUAAGUUCAAUAUACAUAAGUUUUUAUAACAUUCUUAUAUAGACUUUGAACACUGCUGCUGAAUAACGCUAACGCAUUUUUGAGUUUCUGCUGUUUGACAGGAUGAUUUAUGAAGAGACAUAAAACAGUAAGCUGCACAGUCAUUAUUAUUUAAAAUACAGAUCUUUCUGAUGAAAGAAAAAUGUAAGAGGCGGGUAGCCAUAUCUUAAUAACAGCGAAUGUAUUAAAUGAUUUCGCAAUGAAAGAUCUUUUCAUCAACAUUGAUGUAAUUGUUAAUUUUUGCACAAUAUUUAUAGCUUCUUCAAGUGAUUUUUAAUACAUUCGUAAAUGCUUUUCGUCAUCAGUAUGUUGUAAGUUAGUAUAACUGACUGUUUUAUUAUUCACGUUACUUAUAUCGUUAUAUUUUUCAACAAUUUCAACAAAUACUUAAAUGUUUUCUUAACUCUUUACAUUAGAUCGGUUUGUAGCAAUGUUGAUGACGUGUAAAUCGUUAUUUGGUUGUCUUUUUACCGAUAAAAUACGGAGAAGGGAAACUAUAUAAAUAAUAUCGUAGAUGUUAGUAAUUUUCUUCUUUCGAAAUAAAACUUUUGAUCUCGAAAGCUGCACUGGAAAAGAGUAUUGGAAUCGCUGAUUAAUCCAGGAAAAUUUACAAUUGUUUUAUAUGUUAUCAAUAGAGAAUUGAUUGCAAAUUAUAAUUUUCACGAGAGUGAAAUGACAAAAAUAUGUUAGGAAUAUAUCAUGAAACCGCUGGUAUCACGUAGUAACAUAUAUCAUCAUGUUCAUUAGAAGCAUUUAACAUUUACUUUGUCACUCACGACGAUAGAGGAAUUAUAAAAAUAAAUGAUAAAUUGCUGUCAAAAAUUACAUGUCUGUCCUCAAAUGUCAUAGGAAUAUUCAUGCAAAAAUUAUUCAAUGUCGAGGUAUUGCAGAUGUAAUUUUUAAUCUAUUGCUUCGAUAGAUAACUAUUUUCUCUGAAAACGGUUUAAAAAAACGUGUGUAAGAGAUUGAUUAUGGGUGUCCGACGAGUUUGCUACGCUAUUGUUUCCGGGCGCAAUUGUAUAUGGCGUGAAGUUUAGAAAAUGCUUGAAAUGUACAUUACCUAUUCAUAAACAUGAAAGUAUUACCUUGUGGUCUUAACGAAAAGUAAAUUAAAUUGUAACGUAUAGUAUUGAAAGAACCAUAUGAAAUUAUAUGAAUAUAACAAAAAAAUAUAUAAAUUAAAUAAAUAUAUAUAUACAUACAUAUACAAAUAUACAUUACAUGUAUAUACCAUGUGUAACGUGUUACAUGUUCUGUACACAUAUAAUACGUGUCGUUAUAUGUACAUUUUUUAGGUACAUAAUUCAGAUAGUGUCGAGCUACAUCGUUCUAUCGAUCUUGUUUUGCGAGAAAGAGAAAUUUCACUUAUUAAAUGUCGACAAUAAAUGGAGGAAGCUCGCAAAUAUAGUAAAGCAUAUAUUGUAAGGGCAAUAAAGUAGGUAUGCUUUAAAAAUAUGUAUGUCGAUACUGUGCGAGAUUUUGACGUGAUAUCCUCGUGCUUUUGACUUAUUCGAGUAAAAGAGAGGCUCUGAAAAUAUUGCUAUAUUAUUAAUAUUUAUUAAUUCACGCUGUAAGUUGAGAACAUUAGCGUUGAAAGUUUCUAAUGUUUUAAGGUAUGAAAAUGUUUUAGACUUAAAACGGGUGAAAGAUAAAAUUUGUUAAAUUAAAGUCUUCUUUCUUAAAUUUUUGUUAAAUAUAGUUUGUAUUAAUAUAGUCAGAAUUAUUAUAUUAUUUAGAAUGUCAUAAUUGUGUAUUAUAAUUGUUACAUGUAUUACCAAGAAGAUUAUUGUUUCCAGCGAGCACGAGCGUUUCACAAAGAAAUACUUGAGUUUCAAUCGUACUAAGCUUCUUGUGGCUUUACGUAUGAAUGUAGGUUUACUAAUAAUUCCUUGUUAUUAUGUUUUAUGUCUGUAAAAUGUCUAAAUUAAAUCCUUUCUGUGUGUAUGUGAUCUGCCGAGAAAAUUGUUUUAUGUUACGUGAAAUAAUUUAUCGCUCUAUAAAUUAUAUAGAAUAGAAGCGUAUGUAUCGCAUUAUUCAAAUGAUGGUAAAUGAAAGCAAUUGUUUGUGUUCUCUAGUCAAAAUAAUGCUUGGAAAAAAUGAGCUUGUUCUACCUAUUGUUAGAAUAUUCUUUGUAUUCAUUUCGAGUCCACAUACAUUUCUGUCAUAAUCAUCGAUACUGUUAAACUAAACCUUGAAAGUAAAAUUAUUACGAAGGAUAUCUUCUCGUUUAUAAAUGUUGUAAAUUAAAAUUGGUAAAAAAUUCAUUAUAAAUUUAGUUAGUGUUUUGAAGUCUAUUUAGAAGUAAUUAUAUUAUCAAAUUGUUAAUUAUAUAAAUUCUGUCCAUUAUUACGUUAAGAAUUUUAAAUUAUCAUUAGACUGCGGAUUUUUAUGUAUUUAUGGGAAAUUUAAAGAUAGUGAAUGUACAUAAUAUGCAAAGAUAUAUAAAAUCUUCAAGGUACGAAAUUCAUUAUAAUAUUUAGCGGAUAAAACUGACCUCCGCCUAGGUUCCAUUUUUUAAAAUUAUAUUCAUAAAGAUGUGAAUUUGCAUAAACAUCCCCAGUCUAAUAAUCAUUAUCGUCUUAAACAUGAAAAAUAAUAUUCUUAAAUAAAAAGUCGAAAGUAACUUUUUCAACUCGUUUGAGUUAACUGGAAAUACUUUUUUGAAAACGAACUAAUCCUUUAAGUAACGAAAUAUUUUAUGCAACAAAGUACGAUUAACCAGUUUGUUUGUUAAGAAGUAUAAAAUAUUUAGCGAGUCAUUAUUGAAAAAUUUCAGCAAUGGUUCAACUAUCCAUCUGAAUGUUAGUUCAAACAUUUCUAAUUCUCGCGGACCCGUAACCGGUGUGGGUGCGUGUGUGCGUCCCUAGUUUCCCCUGUAUAUGCGCGUGCGUGUGUACAUAUAUAUACUUAUAUAUACGUAUAUAUACAUUAUACAUUAUUAUUAUUAUAUAAAUUUCGAUCGAUCCUAGUGUAUCGAACUGACAAUAUUAAAAUUGAUCGGACUUAUGGUUUAACCGACAAUAACAUAUUUGUUAAGGGCAUUCGAGAAGUAGUGUUACGCGUGAGUCAAAAGAAUUUGCUCUUCCGUGCUGUGCAUCAAAGUACACGAGAUCUUAGUGUUAACGAUCUAUUCACAUGCUCGAUCACACGAUUCACGUUCCCGUGCUCCAGUGUAUCUCCGAUUAACGCAUUAUCAACGAGAGGUAUUAUGUUCAUCAUCGAUCCAGGUCUCUUAAACAGUGACGAUAAGACUGAUUUAAGACGUGACAUUAAAAUCAGUGAAUUUCACUGUGAAAUUUCGCAUACCUGCUUGAUCCUUCUUUGUAGAUUACAUCGUUAAAGCUGAGCGGUUGAAAGAAGUUGGUAGAAGAAGUUUCACGAGCUCGAAUUUCUUGAACUAUUAUUAUUUACAAUUUUACAAUUGUAAGUAGACAGAGUAUGCGAGACAUUUGAAAUGCUUAUGGGUUCCAUUAAAAUUUUGUUAUCACGAUCUAUCGUUUAUCGUGAACUUUCCAUUGUUACCUAUUUGGCAAUGUUUGAAAUAGAAUUAUUCAAAUAAAGCAAUAUCUGUAGUAAUAUGCAUUAUAGAAGUAGAUUGGUACGUUGUAACGAUCAAUUAACAUUUUUUACAAAACUCUUCUCAAAACUUCUGAAACGUUGUCACUAUGCGUCGAACAGGAUUUUAUGCGAACUUCGAAUUGAUAACGCGACAAAUUGUUCGUUGAUAAUGCGUUAGAACGUCGGCACCUGAUAUCAGUUUGAAUAUCUUAAAGUUGGAAGAUACGUAGACAUCGAUUUGUCGCGUGUAUUAUUAUCACGGCUGAAGAGUUGAAGGCCAUUAUUCGCGAUCAUGGCAUGCCCUGGUAUUUAUAAUCGCGAUUUUCCCUGUGAAACGUUCUCUCUUCUGUGUCCAUUGACGUUAAAUCUCUCAGAGGUAAUCACUAAUUCGCACUCUCUUAUAGCGGUUUCAUAAUUAACACAGAUGACAUGAAACGAUAAUCAUAAUAACCCCAUGGUGGGCAAUUUAAAGAAAAUCUAUUUUGACUGUUCAAAUAAACGAAAUAGCGGGCCUGUUCUAUUAUAAUACACGUAGCUGCAAGUUAGGACGAGAACAAAAACCAAACAAAAAUGAGUCAUUGUUACACACGCCGGUAAGUCUGGUUUGUUAAUAAUUAUUACAACAAUAAUUAUGUAAAAUAUGUAUGUAUACUGUAAUUUUGAGUGUAUUAUGUAAUUAAAAAAAGAUAAGAAAUACUGAUUAUUGACAAUAAAUUGUAAGCCGAUGUUUUCAAAUA